UAUAAAUAGUUAGUUUCGGUUUCAGUCUGAUAGUUACAGCUCGGCUAAAGUCAGGACAGGCGGCGGUCUGACAUUCACUAAUUUAAUUGUUACAGUUUUAGCUUGCUGACCAAAAUAUCGGAGUCGGAGAGUUUUCAGACGAAUAUAAACGUCCACAGCAAACUCGGCUCGCCGAAAGAAAGUAACUUGUGUAUCAUGCAAAAAAUGAGCCUCUCUCUUCCUCUGCUCUUCGUGUGCCUGGAUAUGUGUGUGGUGCACACUAUCCGCUUGGCACAGUUCUCACCUCUCCUCUUCUCCCAUCCGUUCAUCGCCCUGUGGGGAGGAGGGCUGAUCAGGGCUAGCCUCCUUCUCCUGCUCACCUUCACCUACCCUGGAAGCCUGCCAUGGAUGAGCAGCUUCAAGGGGCUCCAGAGCUUAGGGGUCCUUUGCUUUCACUUCCCAGUGUACACAACUCUUCUCUGGGUGCUGGGGCAGUCCACCAUGGAGGAACUGUGGGGAUGGCACUCCUGGGAAAGGGUGUUGCAGGGUUAUGUUGUGACAGUGGUGGCGUGGCUCUACUGGAGUAGAUAUGUGUCAUCUCUUUUGCACUCCUGGGGUCAAUACAUCUCAUCUCUGUUGACGAGAAAGCCCUCUGAGAAGCCCAAAGAGGACACCGGUGCUUCUCUUAAGAGACUGAUGGGAUACAUGAUGCCCUAUUUCUGGCGCUUUGUUGCUGUGCUGGUUCUUGUGGUUCUCUCUUCCUACGGUGAGAUGGCUGUUCCUCAAUACACUGGUCGUGUGGCUGACUGGAUCAUAAAUGAAGAAGCACCUGAUGCAUUCACAGAGGCCAUCACAAUCAUGACACUAAUGACUAUUGCCAGUGCUGUGCUUGAGUUUGUAUGUGACCUCAUGUACAACAUCACCAUGAGCUGCAUACACACCUCAGUGCAGGGAGUCGUCUUCCAGGCUGUGCUGAAACAGGAGAUUGCUUUCUUUGAGUCCACUUCAACCGGUGAACUGGUGUCCCGUAUUACCACGGAUACCAACGAUAUGAGUGAGGCGCUGAGUGAGAAGCUAAGUCUUGUGAUGUGGUACACAGCACGUUUUGCUUUCCUCUUAUUCUUCAUGGUGAGCCAGUCAUGGAAAAUGACCCUGCUUACUUGCAUGGGACUGCCCAUCAUCUGGGUCAUACCGGAGCUCACUGGACACUUCCACCAGACUAUUUCGGUAAAGGUUCAGGAGUCGUUGGCUAAGGCCAACCAGGUGGCCACAGAGACCUUCUCCAGCAUGAAGACAGUGAGGAGUUUUGCCAACGAGGAUGGCGAGACAGAGAGGUACAGACAGCGGCUGGAGGAUACUUAUGCCCUUAAUAAAAAGGAAGCAGCAGCCUAUGCAGCCUCUACCUGGGCCAGCAGCAUGACCACCUUAGCCUUGAAAGUGUUUAUUCUGUACUAUGGAGGGACGCUUGUUACCAGAGGGGCUGUUAGCAGUGGAGACCUGGUGUCAUUCGUCCUGUACGAGCUGCAGUUUGCCUCUGCUGUUGAGGCUGUCAUGCGUUAUUACCCAGAAGUGAAAAAGGCAAUUGGUGCCUCUGAGAAGAUCUUUGAAUAUUUGGAUCGGAAACCUCAAGUACCUCCUGAGGGCACCUUGGCCCCUGAAAACCUUAAUGGACACAUUCAAUUCAAAAAAGUUACAUUUUCCUAUCCCAGUGGGACAGAAAAAAGCAAUCCUUUGCUCAAGGACGUGUCUCUGGAGAUGAAACCAGGCCAGAUCACUGCCCUCGUGGGGCUAAACAGAUCAGGGAAGUCCACCUGUGUCAAGCUGCUGGAGAGGUUUUACCAGCCCCAAGCAGGAGAGAUCCUACUGGAUGGGAAACCACUGCUAAGCUACAAAGACCAGUACCUUCAUGACAAGAUCGCUGUGGUGAGCCAGGAUUGUGUGCUGUUUGCUCGCUCAGUGCGGGAGAACAUCAAGUAUGGCUACGAGCAUGCCUCUGAUGAGGAAAUGUACAGAGCUGCCAGGCUGGCUAGUGCCGACGUUUUCAUCAAGGACCUGUCAAAAGGAUAUGACACAGAUGCCGGGGAGAAGGGAGGACAGGUAUCUGGAGGCCAGAAGCAGCGCAUUGCCAUUGCUAGAGCCUUAAUCAGACGUCCUAAGAUCUUGAUACUGGACAACGCUACCAGUGACUUGGACACAGAGAAUGAAUAUCAGGUCCACCAAGCUUUGUUAAACCAAACCAACAACUGCUCUGUGCUGUUGAUAUCCAACAAGAUGAGUGUUGUGGAGAAGGCCGAUCACAUAUUUGUCCUGGACAAGGGGUCGAUACAGGAGGAGGGCAGUCAUGAAGAGCUGCUGAGGAAAAACGGCCUCUAUGCUGAACUGGUGACAAAGCAAAAUAGGGGCUUCCAACGCAAAGAAGAGGAGAAUGAUAUACACUAAGAUGUGCAGGCGGCAGUUUGCCCUCAAGCCAGAGAAGCAGUCGAGUGACAAGGAUGUUGCCAACUAUGAUUCCAGACUUGAGGGGUCAAAACUCCGGCAACACUUGUAGUAUGAAAAACAUCAUCAUCGUGAGGCCAUACUUAAUACUGCAAGUGUUGAGAGUUUUGGCCCAUUAAGACCGUUUUCCAUGAACCUUGAAAGUAGGGGAAGUUGUGCCAGAAAUCCCAGAAGAGUUCCAGAGUUAAGGUUCCCUUCAAUCAACAGCCCUUGAGCUGAACAUCUAACCCCCAACUGCUCCAGGAAGAUCUUACAGUCCUACUUGCAAUAUGGAUCAAAUCCUGUAUCAAAGGACAUUUGAAUUUAUAUUGCAAUAUUGAUGGACAGAACACAAUACAGUACAUUAUCUGGAAAAUAAAAAAAAAUCAAAAAUCAAGUCCUGCUCAUUGAUUUGCAGAAUUGUCCACAAUCAUCUAAUCCAACCAGUUACCAGCCCAACCCUAUGUCCUAAUCAGCAGCUCAGUUAUGUCAAUGUAAUCAUCUUGAGGAGAGUUAAUGAUGAUCACACACUUUAUUGCUUUGUAGACUCUGCACGUUGCUUUUAGAUUCUGCACGUUUUUAGAUUGAGUGUUUCUAAAUAAAGAUAAAGGUAUAUAUUUUUCAUGUUGAACUUUUUUUUUUUUUUCCUAUUGCUGAUUUUUUUUUACCUUCUUAAAUGUAUUUUAAAGCUAGUGUGUGUGCACCU